UUACAAGAGGUAUCGAUCAUACCAACGUCGCGUUCGUAAGCGCUGCUCCUGGACUUCGGAUCAAGGGUCUCCGGGGGCUCGACUCGGCAAGAACAGACUGAAGGAGAAAGAAGGCGCUGUAACUUCAGUACUUGCUUCAUUUACAGUUAUGGUUACACGUGGUGAUGUAACAUCCAAGCACCAUAAGGGAAAGGGAAGCGAAUUGCGGGGCUGUAACAGGCGUUGCAAGGGGGCACCACAUGAAAGCGCAAGUCCAGCUCUAGAUCAGCCGGUGGGGCCGGAAGGCAGUACUAUUGCUUCGCUUCCAUGUGGCGUCCUCUCGCACAUUUUCGAGUGCCUGGGCCCUCGCGAUCUCGCUUUAUCAAGCUGCGUGUGCCGUUCAUGGCAUCGCCUGGUGACCCUUGAGGCAGCAUCAAACCUGGUCUGGCGCUCCUUCUACUCCUCUCGCUGGCAGCUUUCCGGAGCUCACUGGCCUGCCAAGCCCCAGCCUAGCAGCAGCAGCGGCUGCGCAGGAAGACCCGUCUGCACAUCCAUUACCACCUCGUCCACCACCACCGCCUCCGCUGCACCCGCGGCCCCCGCCUCCACCUCUGCUGCUUCUGCUGCUGCCCCUGCCACCCCUGCCAAGACCCCCGACAUGAGGUGGCAGUGGGUGUACGGCAACAAGAUGGUGCGCCUCCGCAGCUGGUCAGGUCGCUACAGCGCUGACCAGGUGGUGGGCCACCGGUCCGCGGUGCGGGCGGUGCGGCUGCUGCCCGCAUGCAGCCUGCUGGCCACAGCCUCCCUGGACCGCACGGUGCGGCUGUGGGACCUGCCCUCCGGCCUGCCCCUCGCCGCCAGCCGCCCCCACGGCGGCACGGUGCGCUGCCUGGCCCUGCAGCCGGGGCUGCUCGCCUCGGGCUGCUCAGACCACCUGGUGCGGGUGUGGCAGCGGGCGGGUGGGUAUACCCGCAGCAGCAGCGGGAGCAGUGGACACAGCGGGGGGAUGGGUGCUGGCAGCAGCCACAGCGGGGGUUACCAGCCGCUGCCGUUGCCGCUGUUUGAUGUGGCGUCCAAGCCCUUCCUGCUGCGAGGACACACGGGGCCUGUGUCUUGUCUGGC